AUGAUCAAGUUGCGUCCAAUGCCUGUCUCAUGUCUGUCUUCAACUGCAGCUGAAGUGUCCUUCUGUGAAGCACAGGUGAACUGUUUAUUUGAUGACACUAUUCGCUAUUUUUAUAUGAACACAAAUAUAAUAUCUGUUGAAAAGGCACGGAAAGGAUUUGAGGAGGAUAACAGCGAGUUCCCAGGCCAUAUAUCGGAAACUGACAGUUUAACAGGUACGGUUGAAAGCAAGAGCUGGAAUUACAGUCGUGCGAGGAACAGAGAUAAGGGCGGCAGCGGCGUGGGCGGGCCGGCCUGGGGUAGCGGCAAGGAGCAGCGCCGCUCGGACCCGGGCACGGUGACCAACCACCACGCCAACAGCACCAGCGCCGCCCCGACCGCGAACGCCAACAGCCACGCGGCCUCCUCCACCACCUCCUCCAGCACGGGCUUGGAGGUCGCCAACAAUGGCUCCGAGAACCUCGACGAGUACUGCUCGCCGGACUCCUCCAGCACCAACGUCUGCUCCACCGACAGCGCCAGCGCUGCCGUGUCCAAUACCUUGAGGUUUCUCCAGUCCGCGUGGUCUUCCCAGUCUGAAUUACUACCCCUGGCUGCUCUCAACAAACAUAAUCUCCCGAAGAAGAAGUCGAGCACAUCCAUCAACCGGUCGGAGAGCUGCAAGGAGAAGCAGCACGCGAGGAAGCGGCCGAGAGAAAGCCGUAAGCACAGUGACCCAAACAUUCCCACCUCCAAGUCUGGGUGA